CAACUCUUUUUUCCCUCUUCUCCAUUCACCGACUUCAAAACGCAAACAAUUUCACAGCAAAUAAACCGAACCACAACUCUCACUAAAACCCUAGACAAUUGCUUUCCCCUUCUCAAUUUCAAUCUCCAAUGUGCGCGCCAUUUCUCUCUCAAGCUUAACUUCACCUUCAAAGGAUUCGGAUUCCAAACGGAUAUAUAGCAGAACCCAUGGGUCGACCCGAACCAUGCGUCUUGUUCUCUCAAACAUUCGUUCACCCUCAACUCGAUGAGUACGUCGAUGAGGUGCUGUUUGGUGAGCCAAUUGUAAUUACAGCUUGUGAGUUUCUUGAACAAAAUGCUUCUUCAACAUCUCAAGUUGUGCCACUUGUCGGAGCAACCUCGCCCCCUUCAUUUGCUCUUGAGGUUUUUGUGCAGUGUGAGGGAGAAACAAGAUUUAGACGUCUGUGCCAACCGUUUCUUUAUUCUCAUUCUUCAUCAAAUAUGCUCGAAGUUGAGGCUGUUGUAACAAAUCAUCUGGUUGUAAGGGGAAGCUAUCGAAGUCUAAGUUUGGUCAUAUAUGGAAACACAGCGGAGGAUCUAGGACAGUUUAACAUUGAAUUUGAUGAUAACUCCUUAACUAAUCUUGUUACUUCUGCUGAGGGAAAACUUGAGGAUCUUCCCCUAGCAUUACGUUCAACUAAUCGGACCCUUCAAGAAUCUUUUACCUCUUUAAAAGUACUAUCAUUACCUGUUGCCACCGCAGAUAUAUCUGUUGAGGUUAAGCAGUUUUUGCAGCUUAUCUUGAAGAUGCUAGAGUUGCCGAAACUUGAGGAUAUUGUACAUAAAGUCUUAGGUGCUUUAGUCACAGCUGUCUGCUCUUACAUUACCCAUGAUUUAUGCUAUGGGGAUGUCAAUCAGAAAUGUCAAUCAAAAAAAUUUGAACAGUUGCACCAUGUCAUAAAUGAGUCUAGAAAACAACUCCUUUCGUUGCUUCAACAAAUUUCAGAAGAUGAUUCAGCUGAAUUGUUAGCAGAGUGGAGUUCUUUUGAGUCACAUGCCAAUGUGUCUAAUUCCAAACAACUAGUGGAUAUGUUAACCCAGUUUUUUUGUUUUAGCAGGAACUCUACACAUGCUGGACAUCACCAUCUUCCACAGAACAAGAAUAUCAUUCUGGGGCUGAAUAUGGCUCUUCUAUUGUGUUCUGGUAGAGAAAGCUGCUUUCAUUUUGUCAAUGGUGGAGGAAUGGAGCAUCUUGCAGACAUUUUCUCUCAAGACAUGCAUGAUUCUUCUGCCAUUGUGUUGCUGUUACUUGGAGCUAUUGAGCAGGCUACUCAUCAUUCAAUUGGCUGUGAAGGAGUUCUAGGCUGGUGGCCCCGUGAAGAUGAAAACAUUCCUUCUGGCAUUAGCAAAAGUUAUAGCCAAUUAUUGAAGCUUUUCUUGCAAAAGCCCCGACAUGAUAUUGCCUCUUUGGUAACUUAUGUCCUUCAUCGCUUACGAUUUUAUGAAGUUGCUUCAAGAUACGAGUGUGCCGUUCUUUCUGUAUUGGGGAAUGUUAAUUCUCCUGGAAGAGUUACAAGUGUUACUUCAGACAUCCUUAAUGAGGCUAAAUCUCAAUUGAAGAGGCUUGUGAAAUUGAUACAUUCUCGUGGUCCAGUUGAAGAUCCUUCUCCGGUUGCCUGUGCAAGCAGGUCAUUGAUCCUCUGUCAAACGGAAGGAGGGUUGUCAUAUAAAGCAACUGUUAACUUGAUCAGUUCAUCAAACUGCUGCUUUUCAAACUGGGAUAUGGAUAUUCAUCUGCUUGCACUCCUGAAGGAGAGGGGAUUUCUUCCUUUAUCAGCUGCACUUUUAUCAUCACCCAUAUUGCAAUCAGAAGCUGGAGAUACUGUGGAUGCAUUUAUUGAUAUUGCUUCCACCAUUGGGGCCAUACUUCUUUCACUACUCAUGUCACGCUCAGGUUUACUUUUCCUUUCACAUCAUCAUGAACUUUCCAGUAUAAUAAUUGAUGCUUUGAGGGGUAAGGGUAAUAUAAGCAAGGAAGAAUGUGUUCCUCUUCGUUAUGCAUCUAUUUUACUGUCAAAGGGAUUUGUUUGUAGUCCUCAAGAAGUUGGGAUUAUUGUCGAGAUGCAUUUGAGAGUGGUUAAUGCAAUUGACCGUUUGAUAGCAUCAACUCCACACUCCGAAGAGUUUUUAUGGGUGUUAUGGGAGCUGUGCGGUCUCUCUAGGUCAGAUUGUGGACGCCAGGCUUUGUUAGUUUUAGGACAUUUUCCAGAGGCUGUGUCUAUGUUGAUUGAAGCCUUACAUUUUGUCAAGGAGGAAGAGCCACUUUCCAAGAAUAGUGGAGCUUCACCGAUUAAUCUUGCAAUUUUUCACUCUGCUGCUGAGAUUUUUGAAAUUUUAGUUAAUGAUUCAACCGCAUCGUCCUUGGGUUCUUGGAUUGGACAUGCUAUGGAACUUCAUCAGGCAUUGCAUACUUCUUCCUCGGGGUCUAAUAGAAAAGAUGCUCCAAUUCGGCUGUUGGAGUGGGUAGAUGCUAGUGCAGUUUAUCAUAAAAAUGGUGCUAUUGGUCUUUUGCGGUAUUCUGCCGUGUUAGCUUCCGGAGGAGAUGCCCAUUUGACCUCAACCAGCAUUCUAGUGGCAGAUGUGACAGAUUUGGAGAAUGUCAUUGGAGAUGCUUCUGGUAGUGCUGAUGUAAAUGUAAUGGAUAAUCUAGGAAAAAUUGUCUCUGAGAAGACUUUUGAUGGUUUUGCACUUCGUGACUCAUCCAUAGCACAGUUGACUGCAGCUAUUCGGAUACUGGCCUUCAUUUCAGAAAACAGAACUGCUGCUGCUACUCUAUAUGAUGAAGGUGCCACCACAGUUAUCUAUGCCAUUCUGGUCAAUUGUAGCUUCAUGCUUGAGAGAUUUGCCAAUAAUUAUGAUUAUCUUGUUGAUGAGGGUACAGAAUGCAAUUCUACUUCUGAUUUACUUUCGGAGCGUAACCGAGAGCAGAGCUUAGUUGAACUCUUGAUUCCUUCUCUGCUAUUGCUUAUCACCCUUUUGAAGAACUUGCAGGAAGCUAAAGAGCAGCACAGAAAUACGAAACUAAUGAACGCUCUUUUGCGAUUGCAUCGAGAAGUAAGCCCAAAGGUAGCUGCAUGUGCAGCAGAUUUAUCUUCUUCUUACCCCGAAUCUGCUCUUGGUUUUGGAGCCGUCUGCCAUCUUCUUCUGUCAGCACUUACUUGUUGGCCUAUAUAUGGCUGGUCUCCAGGCCUUUUUUCCUCCCUUCUUGCCAAUGUCCAAGUUACUUCAGCACUGGCCUUGGGGCCGAAAGAAACUUGUAGUUUGCUGUGCCUUCUGAAUGAUCUAUUCCCUGAGGAAGGCAUCUGGCUUUGGAAGAGUGGAAUGCCAUUGUUGAGUGCUCUUAGAACAUUGGCCAUUGGUACGAUAUUGGGGCCAGAUAAGGAAAGGCAGGUCAACUGGUAUUUGGAGCCUCCACACCUUGAAAAAUUGCUAAGCCAAUUGACACCACAACUCGAUAAAAUUGCCCAAAUUAUCCACCAUUAUGCUUUAUCUUCAUUGGUAGUCAUCCAAGACAUGCUUAGAGUUUUUGUGAUUCGGAUUGCUUGCCAAAAAGUUGAAAAUGCUUCUCUACUUGUGAGGCCCAUAUUAUCCACCAUCAAUAAUUAUGUUUCCGACUCAUCGUUUUCAUCAGAUAUCGACACUUAUAAGAUUUAUAAAUACCUCGACUUUAUUGGUACUUUAUUGGAACAUCCAUGCGCCAAGGUUCUGUUAUUGGAGGAGGGCUUUCUUCAGAUUUUAUUGAAAGUGCUGGAGAAGUGUUAUAGUGCUACUAAUUUAGACGGUGUACAGAUCGUGGACAAUAGAACUUCUCAUAAUUAUGGGCUGACUUCAAUUAGUUGGUGCCUUCCUGUAUUUAAGUGUUUGCCACUUCUCUUGGGAUCUCGGACAUCCUUAAAAUACCCUGGGAGAUUUAUCCUGCUCAGUUCUAUUAAUUUGAGCAACACGGACUUCUCACUGAUUUUGCGGUAUCUUCUCAAGUUCAUCCAGGUCCUACCAGCUGGAAAAGAGCUACUCGCUUGUCUUGCAUGCUUUAAAGAAUUAAGUUCUUGCAAUGAAGGUCAAAUGGCUGUGAUGACCUUAGUACAGAAUGUCAGCAACAAUAUUGAGGGACUUGGAUCAGAAAGAGGGCAGGAGACAAAUGGAAACUAUAACCUUCUAGAUUUUGAUUGGAAAAGGCAUCCUCCUAUGCUUCAUUGCUGGAAGAAUCUGAAGAAGUCAAUAGAAUCAAAUGAUGCUUUUGUAGCUUAUGCAAUAGAAGCUGUCAAUCAAUUGGCAAUCAGUUCAUUGUCCUUUUGUCUGGAUGGUAAAAGUUUGAAUUUGAAAGCAGUGGAUGCAAUAAGGCAUCUUUUCGGAGUUCUGGAUGAUAUGGACGGAACAGAUAGCUCUCCUGAAAUUAUUAGUUUAAUAGAAGAAGUGACUUUAGCAUUGACUUCAAAGAUAUCAGAUGAUGAUUGUGUAGCCACAUCAGAGCCAACCACUCUAUUUCAGGCUUCAAAGUCUGCAAAAUUUCUGUUUUUAUUGUUGGAAAACCCUAUCGGUUCAGUCACAUUGGAUUUAAUCAUGGGCAGUGAUGGCAUUCCUUUGUCAGGAAAUGAUGUUUUGGUUUCUUCCAAAAUAAGUCAGAUAUCAGACAUUAAUGCUGAAAAAAUUGAUGAUUAUCUUUAUCUUGGUGACCUUGGAGAGCAAUUUCUGUGGGAAUGCCCAGAAACAUUGCCUGAUAGACUAUCACACUCUAUUCCUGGGAAAAGGAAACUGUCAUCUUUGGAUGGUGCUGGUAAACGUGUUAAAGGAGAAAAUUCAGUUGCGGAGAUAACAAGCCAAAAUACAUUCUCCCGUGGAUUAGGUUCAACUACUGCCCCUUCUGGUCCGACUCGUAGGGAUACCUUUAGGCAGCGAAAGCCAAAUACCAGCAGGCCACCAUCAAUGCAUGUGGAUGACUAUGUUGCAAGAGAAAGAAAUGUUGAUGGCAAUUCUAAUGUUAUAGCAGUACAGCGGGUGGGAUCUACAGGUGGAAGACCUCCCUCAAUUCAUGUGGAUGAAUUUAUGGCAAGACAAAGGGAGCGCCAGAAUCCUAUGACACCUGUAGUUGGGGAGCUAUCAGCCCAUUUGAAGAAUGCAGCUCCCACAAGUGAUGCAGAUAAGAAUAAAGUAAAUAAGUCGAAGCAGUUGAAAACAGACCCUGAUGACGAUCUUCAGGGAAUAGAUAUUGUUUUUGAUGGUGAGGAGUCCGACACUGAUGAUAAAUUGCCUUUUCCUCAGCCUGACGAUAAUCUACAGCAGCUUGCUACAGGCAUAGUUGAGCAAAGUUCUUCCCAUUCAAUUGUAGAAGAAACAGAGAGCGAUGUUAAUGAAACUGGUCAGUUUCCUCGUUUGGGUACACCGUUAGCAUCUAAUGAUGAUGAUAAUAUCCAGAGUGAAUUUUCUUCAAGAAUGUCUAUUUCGAGACCUGAAAUGCCAUUGACUAGAGAGCCAAGUGUCUCUUCAGAUAAGAAGUUUUUUGAGCAUUCUGAUGACACAAAGAAUGCUAUUCCAGUUAAGACCUCUACUGGGUUUGAUUUUAUUGCAGCUGCUAGCACUUCAGGCUUCCCUGCCUCUGGAUAUAAUAAGGCAUCAGCUUCAUCUGUACAGCUAGCAAUGGAUCCUAGGAUGGUUCCACACAAUUUCUAUAUGAAGAACAGUCCACAACACGGUCCAGGAUCUAGAGGGCAUUAUGACCAGAAAGCUCAUCUGAAUCAACCACCUUUGCCUCCUUUGCCACCUCCAUCAAUGUCUCAGACUCCUGAUUUCCCAAGUCAAUCGUCUCCCUUUGUCAACUCCUUGACAGAUUUGCAGCCACCACUUCCAACAGGCUUCCAAGUUCAAUCAGAUUAUAUGUCUCCAUCAUUAGCAUCAUCAGUUCCCAUGACUUCAGAUUCCAAAUAUUCACGGCAUUCUAUAUCCUCUCCUAGUGGAUCUACUGGGCCUCAUCCACCACUUCCUCCUACACCUCCUCCCUUCUCAUCUAGUCAAUAUAAUUUACCAUCAUUAAAGGCUUCUGCUUCCCAAUCUUCAUUAUAUGCUGUAGGAACUUCUGAGUUUCCCCAGACAUCUAUUUCACCUGUAGUUGAUGUUCGAUUAGGAACAGGUGGUGGACUAACUACAUAUUUACCUCCUCCACUAAUGCCUCCCAUGGUUUUCAGUAGGCCAGCUGCAAUUCCUGCAACUGUCUUUGGGAACCCCUCAGCUCAGCAGCAUGGCGAGACUCCAGCUAUCUUGCAAAAUCUCCCUGUUCCUCAGUCGUUAGUUCAGUCAAUUCAUCAGUUACAGCCUCUUCAGCCCCCACUUCAACGUCCUUCACAGCCACCUCAUCAUCUUUGGCCACCUAUACAAUCUUCCCAGCAGGUUGAGCAAGGGUUAUCUUUGCAAAACCCUGUUCAGAUACAUCAAUUACAAAUGUUGCAACAGCCACAAAUGUCUCCUAUGCAUUCCCAUUAUCCAUCUCAGCAGCAAGAGGGUUCUCAUUCAAGGCAGACGCAACAACUUGAGCAUGCUCAGCCACAAAUUCAACCUCAGCAAGGAGAUAUUGCAUCCCGGCAGCAACAGGAACUAGGAAUGUCAUUACAUGAAUAUUUCCAGGAUCCUCAAGCCAUUACGUCUUUAUUGAGUAACAAGGACGAACUCUGUCGACUUUUGGAGCAGAAUCCAAAACUAAUGCAAAUGCUUCAGGAAAAAUUAGGACAGUUAUAGCAGCAUUGUGGAAUUCAAUUUUGAUUUCUUACCAUAUUCAGACUACGUUCAAGCCUACUUUUUGAGUCAUGGCUUACUCGUUCGGCCAUUCAUGUCUUCUCUGAAAUUUUGCAUUAAUGUUGUACUGUAUAAUUAAUGUACAUAAAUUUUAUUUACUUAACAUUAUCAUUGAACUGCCUUUUAUAUCAUUUCUCAGUUAUCAUUUUUACAUAA